CAGAGAGCGCGCGUGCGGCGCGACAUUUUACAUGGUUUUGGUUAUUGACUGACUGGUGCUGUGCUGUUGUAAAUAUUGUUUUUCGGUGUGUGAAAAACCGUGUGUGUUGUCAAGUGUAUGGUGCGAGUGCCGUACAGUGUGUGUGACUGUGCACAAUGUCUAGAAAACCCGCAGGCUGAUGGAAACCGUCGCGAACAGGGUGAAAAAUCCGCCAUAGGUCGAAUAGCCUGUGGUAAAUGCUUGCUAUGUCGGCGGAGGGCCACCCUAAAGGCGGCUGUAAUGUCUGAGCCAUGGAUGCCGAAGUAAAACAGAGAAAUCGGCGAAGAAAACGCGCCCAGCGUAUGCAGGCACAACGCGAGAUCAACAAAGCUGACCAUCUCGAUGGAGACAGCGGAGACGAAGAUGUCAUUCCAGCGAAGCCUCCUAGGCCCCCCAACCGACGAAAAAAGUCUAAAGAACCUCUUUGCGAAGAGGACAUUAUUGAUGGAUUCGCAAUAUUACAAUUUCGCUCCUAUGAAGACCUAGAACUGGUGUUGAAAAUAUCUUCCAAAGAAAACAUCAAGACGCUGACCGAAAUAGAAAGGCCUAAGAUUGAACCGAAAGCACACAUCACCAAUCAUAUAUUAGUGCAACACAAUCAUGGGUUAACACUGACCCACGAUCCGGCUACUAGUGACGACAGUGGUCGAGCUUCUGAACGAUUGACUGGUUCAUCUGUACCACCACGAGAUGCUGACAGCUCGAGGGAUCGACUGAGUGAUGCAAGCAGUAGAUGCAGUUCAGGCAAAGGAUAUAUCUGUGAUAGCGAGGGUGAAGACGAUAAGGGUUCGGACGCGAGCUCGGUGAUAUUCGCAUCGACGCCGGCGUCGAGGAAGCGCGAAUUCCCCGGCGCCCUGCCGCCCAGCCUGCCCAGCCUGCAGCAUGGCGCGAGCGGAGGCGGCGGCGGCUCGCCCGUGCCUGCCCCCACGCCGCCCCACCUGCCGCCGCCCUCGCCGGCGCCCGCCCAACAGCCGCCCACCGACGUGCCGGCCACGACGACGGCAGCGGUGAACUUUGUCGCACCGACGGUGAUGGCGACGGUCACCGUAAAACCGACGCAAGAACCCCUACCACCACCACCGCCGCCACCGCCGACGAUACCGCUCGCCGCCUUGCCGCCCCCGCCUCCACCGCCGCCCUCGCAUCCCGUUCCGAUGCCAGGUCUGCCCACGGCGGCCGUCGCCCCGAUGCCGCAACCGGCCGCCGCCCCCGUGGCCCACCACCCGCCCGCCCUCGACCCCGCCGCCAUGCUGCCGGGCGGCCGCGCGACGCGCACCGACAGCCCGGCCGUCGCGACGUCCGCCAAUGCGGCGGCGGCGCCCUCGCCCGGCCACUACCACCACCAUCCGGCGUUCGCGCAGCGCGGUCAGCUGUAUGCGCCGUACGCUGCGGGGGCGGGGGCUGGGGCGACGGUGACAAGAACGUCGACGGCGUAUACGGAGAAGAGUGACGCGUACCUUCCCACUCCUACCGUGCCCGGCGCCAAACCUGCCUCGGCGUCGAUCGAGUCGCCAGCGCAGCCGCUCACCCACCAACCGGCGGCGGUGCCAACGCCGGUCGCCAGCAAAGGGCCGCCCCUCGAAAGGGAAAAGCCGACGGUGCCGGUAGCGCCGAGGGCGGCGAGUCCAGUCAGGGAGAGUAGGGAGAGUUACAGUAGCGUCAGCAGUCUUAGCCGGAGCAGCGUGACGACGACGCUCAGCUGUCCGCAGUCUCUUGCAACCACCGCAGUGUCUUCUAGUCUAUCGAUCAACGCGGGCAAGCCGUGGGGCAGCCAAGGCACCGCCCAGGUGGCGCCCGUGGCCGCCCAACCGUUGCCCGCUUUGCCGCCCAAGCCGACGCCGCCCCUGCACUCGUACCCGUCAGCGACGCCGCCCAUGUUCGCGGCGCCGCUGCCGCCCGCCGUGUCAAGGGCCAGUCCGAUGGCCGCCCCUUCGAAUUUGCCGCCGCCCGCGGCGAAUCCCAAUCCGUUUUCGGCGGAGAGUUUGUUCCAGACCAAUAAGUAUCCGACUAAUCAAGCAGACAUGCUAAGGAGAGAAUUGGAUAGCAGGUUUCUAGCAUCACAAGAUCGUAAUUUAGGGGUGGCGCCACCACCUUAUUUGAGAACAGAAAUGCAUCAGCAUCAACAUCAUCACACACAUGUACAUCAGCACACCACCUCGUUACUUCCCCCUCCUGCUGGAUCGACAUUGUACCCCAGUCAGUUGUCAAUGUCUCCAAUGGAACGUCUAGCAAGAAGAAGUCAGAGUUGUUUCAAAGAUAUACCGAAAUUGGGUGGCGUCGACUCGUCAUUCUACAGACAAAACAUCGGCCUUCCGGGAACCUAUCCGGGCUACACUCCAGGGCUGAUGCAUCCGGGACUCACCACGGGCCCUACGCCCUUCGUACCGCCCACACAUCUGCCCACCUUCCAACCUAAGUCGGUGAACCCGCAAGACCCAAACAAGCCCAAAAUAGUGAAAAGCGGCAAAUGGAACGCGAUGCACGUCCGCGUCGCCUGGGAGAUCUACCACCACCAGCAGAAAAGCGGCGAGGCGAAGGGCAGUCUGGCGGCGGCCAAACCGGCGGCCGACCUUCUCAGGCCGCCCACGCACCUCUUCUCGCCCAACGUGCACGCGCAACGGCCGCCCAGCCACGACAUGUCGCCAUUCCCGCUGUCGCUGGCCGCCCAUCGACCGCCUCACACCGCCGCCUACGAGCAGCCGCACCACGCCGGGUCGCUGUUCAGCGCGCCGCCGGGGCAUCUAGGUAAAUCGCCGUUCACCGCCCCCACCACCACUCUAUCGCCGUUCACGCGAUACGGCGCCGGGCCGCUGGGCCCCUCGGGCGGCUCCCCCUUCUCGAUGUCACCGUACGCGGCGGCGGUGGCGGCGGCGUCGCGCGACCCCCACCUCGGCCUCGCCCCCCUCCACCAUCACGACCCGUGGCGGUCGCUGCAGCGCUCCGUCCCCGCCUAUCCGCCGCCCGCGGGUAAUCCACUGCCGCCGACGCUGCCCGGCCCCGCCCCCUGGGCCAUCAAGCCCGACCCGAUGCUGGAGCAGCGCGAGCGCGAGGCUAGGGAGAGGGAGGAGCGAGAGAGAGAGCGGGCGAGGCGGGAGAGGGAGGAGCGGGAGAGGCGGGAGCGGGAGGAGAAGCAGAGGCGGUUGGAACAACAGCAACAAGAACAGCGUGAACGAGAAAGAAAGGAAAGGGAGAAACGCGAGAUGGAAAGAAGAGAAAUGGAGAGGCAGAGAGAACGUGAAAGGGAGAGACUUCUUCAAGAACAGAGACUGGCAGAGUCGGCCAAAAUGCAACAGCCGAUAAUUAGGGACAGAUCGCCACUUCGAAACGGCGAUAUGUCGGAAAUUAGGGUCAAAGAGGAACCUAGAGUCAAAGAGGAGGAUAUUAUGGCUCGAUCGGAUCCUAGGUAUGCUACAAUAUACCACAAUCCAUUCUUGCGUCACCAUAGUGCACUACCCCCACCGGGACACCCUUCGAUGCUCGAUCGCUCGAGGAUGAUGCCCCAUGCUUUGCAACCACCACACCCUUACCAUACUGGUCCGACGGGACACUGGGUGGCACCACCUACGGAUCCGUUCUAUGGCAGGUACAGCUACAACCCGCUGAUGGACGCGAUGCGCGCGCAAGAAGAGCGCUCGAACUACUACAGCGCCUACCCCCACCACCCGAGCCAGCUGCGACCGAAAGAGCCGUCGCUGAUGCACCUGCGGCCCGGCCCCGGACCGCCGCCUCCGCCGACCGCCCACAAGAUGGCCGCCGCCCAGCCGACGGACGUGCACAAGAAGGAGGAGCCGCGAUAGCACGAGGAAGGCGACGGAGAAGAAGAGAACUGAACGGAGAGGACCGUCAUGUGAGAAUCGUUUCGAUGUUUGAAUCGUUUAUUCCCAGCGUGGUUCGAAUUUUUUCAAUACGUGGGGUUACAUUCAUUUCGCAUGUUCGGAGAUAUUGGCCCUUUUUUCCAUUGGAGUAAAAGUUUUACUAUAAAAAUCAAAUUCUACGCCCAUCAUCAUGAUUGUGAUAUGGGUUUAAUUGUCCAAUAAAGCUAUUUCAACAUACCAAAGGACUCCGCACCAUUUACAUUGAAAUCUUGUCUACCGUGAAAUUUCGUGAAAAUCUAGGAUUAGAUAAAUCAAAUCAUGCUGAACAAAAAAAUGUUCUCUGGGUCAACGUCCGUUAUGCCCGUUAAAAGAAGUUAUAAGCUCUUGAAGACGAACGAGAUAACCUUUACCAGAACCGAACAUCCUGUGUAUAAUAUGGUUUUGGCUAAUACGAUAUUUUUGAGUUGUCAGAUAAUGGUCAUUCAUGUUAGAG